AAAGCCUGACUAGCACCACCUGACUGCCGUCCAUGGAUUUACAGACACAACAAACACGGCAAGAAAGGGCGGAGUUAAUAACAUUCGCUACUUUACACUGCAAGACAACAAGUACUGCUGAACAUUAAUAGGAAAGACCAUGGAAACAGUUUACAGUAUUAGCCUACAGUUGUAUAUUUUUUUAAUUUCAUAGACAGACCACAGAUUUUUUUCCCUUUCGCCCUGCUCCUUUAAGGCAUUUUUUUCUCUGGGAAGUGUGUGGAUGACCUCUCAGUUCAAAGACAACUUUCAGCAUGUGAUGAUGUCCUGUCUGACCGCAACAUCAAUGAGUGUUUAAUAUUCCUGUUUUUGCUCAUCUGACUCUCAGUCCUUUCUUGAUCAUUUACUAGGACAUUCUAAUAAUGGACACAGAACUUUCUAAAACUGAUGACAACUGUGGCGAUCACUCCACUACUGAACAGGGCAUGGAAAAAACAAAACAGUCUUUGGAGCCCUGUGAGAAACCUGAGGAUAAACAGUCAAAAUCUAUGCAGGAUACAGGUUCUGGAUUAGAUACAGACGAGCUGGUUAAUGUUGAGAGCCAACCAACAUAUAAGCAGGACACUAGCAAUGAAAUCAUGGAAAAGAAGUCUGACAAAGUGGCUGAGACACCUGGAGAAGAGGAAAAUCCAAAACAAAAAGGACAAAAGAAGAAACCCAGAAAUCCAUUUAUGCCCCAGAUUGCAGCAAAGAACAAAACAACUCAGAAGAAUGGAAACCAAAAUGGAGACAGUGGCAGUGACCUUGCAGAGACUAAAGGCCCCAAGAAGUCCCUCAUGGAAUGGCUGGAUGAGUUCCGUUUAAGUGAAACUCAGAGAGAAGAUGAGGAGGAACUUGAUGGCCUCAUGGAUUGGUGGAACACUGUGGAACAAUGGGAGGACAUGCCCAAAUGUGACAACAUGACAGAGAAAGAGGAAGCCAAGGCUUUUGCUGUAACAGCUGAAAAGGUGCAAAAGGGCAUACGUGUGUUCAACAAACUUUUCUCAGAACGGGCAGAAGGACUGUGGCAGCACGUGAUCGACCUGCAUGCCAUUGCUGAUGGCCUGGACCGCUUCAACAAGAAAACCAAGAUUGCCCAGAUCACUGGUGGCUCCACCAGUGCUGUGGGAGGUGUUGCUACCAUAACUGGCCUCAUCUUAGCACCUUUCACAAUGGGAACCUCUCUGAUCGUCACUGCGGUUGGUCUGGGUGUUGCCAUGGCAGGUGGUCUUACCUCUGCAUCUGCUGGUAUAUCCAGUACCGUCAACAACUCUUUGGAUCGCAAGAAGGUGGAGCGCAUUGUGGAAGACUACCAGGCGAAGAUGGCUGACCUUAACAAAUGCAUGAAGUUUAUCAAGCAAGGCAUUACAAACCUAAGCAAGUUCAACCGGAAUAAGAUGAAGAAGCAUGCAUAUAAUCAAGACUUCCCUUGUUUCAACAAUAUCUACGAGGAUGGCGCCAUGGCGGGCAAAGCUAUUCUCACCAAUGCCAAUGAGAUUAUGCGUGUGAUGCAGAUAGCCAACGCGGCCGGAACCACUGCGGCACGUGCUGUGCAGAUCGCUAGUAUAUCCACAGGUGUUCUGACAGGGCUUUUUGUCGGGAUGGACAUCUAUUUUGUGGCCAAGGACUCCCAUGAGCUGAAAAAUGGUGCAAAAUCAGAAUUUGCUGCCAAGAUUAGAGAGGUGGCAGAUCAGCUGCAUGAGGGCUUGAUGGAAUUUAACAUAAUCCGAGAUGAGUUGCGGUUGACCACCACUAUGAAAGAAGACAAACCAUCUUGAAAAGCUCUGUAAACACUGCCCUGAGUUUAUUUUUUACUUUCAGACUAGAUGAUAUAUCUAAAAAAAUUAUAUGGUUCUAGAACUAUAGCUACUGACUUUCCUUAUUAGACAGCAAAGGAAAUUCGGGAUCUUAUUUUGUUUUUAUGACUUUAUAUCCACUGCUUGUUAUUUGCUGCUUUUAUAAGGCUAUUUUGUGAAUUUUUUUGUAAAACAACCUGAUAAAGAACAUUAGUUAGUUAAUUAUUUAUUACAUUUAAUUACUUGCAAAUUUACCAUUGCCAAAUAUUUAUGUCACUGAUACACAUAUCUAUCUAUCUAUCUAUCUAUCUAUCUGUCUAUCUGUCUGUCUGUCUGUGUCAACAUUUUUGAUGGUUGAAAUGUCACCACAACUGUGUGACAGUCUUAAAGUGAUUUUAAAAACCAAUAAAAUAUAUUU